UUUUUGCAGAAUCAUCCCCAGAUAUUUCAAUUCAGUCCUGAUGAAAAUAAGGUUGGUCUUAAGGAGAAGUAUCAUAAGCUUCCAUUUAAGCCAGAUUCUCAAGGACAAGAUUUGCAAAGCCCUCCUCAGAAGAAUAACAUCCAAUGGAGUUUAGAAAAAGCAUCUACAGUGCGAAGGGACACUUCUGCUGGUUGCCACUGGUUUGAUCUGAAUGAUUCAAAAGUCCAGCCAAUUAAGGAGAAAGAUAUUGAGAAACAAUUUCAGGGUAAAGAGAGUGCCUACAUGCUGUUUUAUCGGAAAUCUCAAUUGAAAAGACCGCCAGAAGCUCGUGGAAAUCCAAGGUACCGAAUUCCUGAACACCUUUUGAAUGAAAUGACUGCUGCUAAUACUGAGCUGCAAAAAAAGAGGGCUGAAUGGGACUCAACCAACCAUGGCAUUGACUUACAUCUCCAUUUGAGCUCUUGUUACAAAUUUCAAAAUGGGGCUUUGCAUCCUUCACUUACUUGGAAAGAGAGUAUCGUGGAUCUGACUAUUGAUAGAAGAAAAACUCUAGGAGAGCUUCGACAAUCAGUAUUCCAG